CCUACCCCUCACACUCAUAUCCCGCCAUGGCCACCAUCACGACCCCCCUCACCAAGCUCUUCAAGAUCAAGCACCCCGUGCUGCUCGCAGGCAUGAACGUCGCCGCCGGUCCGGAGCUGGCGGCUGCUGUCACCAAUGCGGGUGGUCUCGGCGUUAUUGGCGGUGUGGGCUACACCCCCAAGAUCCUGCGGGCACAGAUCAAGGCCCUCAAGGACGACCUUGUGGACAAGAGCGCGCCCUUUGGCGUGGAUUUGCUGCUGCCGCAGGUCGGAGGCAACGCGCGCAAGACAAACUACGACUACACGAAGGGCCAGCUGCCUGACCUCAUCGACGUCAUCAUUGACGAGAAGGCCUCCCUCUUCGUCUGCGCCGUCGGUGUCCCCCAGAAAUGGGUCGUCGAGAAGCUGCACAAGGCAGGCAUCCCCGUUAUGAACAUGGUCGGCCACCCGAAGCACGUGCAGAAGGCCCUCGACGUCGGCUGCGACCUCAUCUGCGCGCAGGCCGGCGAGGGCGGCGGGCACACGGGCGACAUCCCCGCGUCGCUGCUCAUCCCCGCGUGCGUCGACAUCUGCAAGGGCCAGAAGUCGCCCCUCACUGGGGAGCCCGUGUACGUGAUCGGGGCGGGCGCGGUGUACGACGGGCGCGGGCUCGCCGCGAACCUGUCGUGGGGCGCGGAGGCCGUGUGGGUCGGCACGCGCUUCGUCGCGAGCACGGAGGCGGGCGCGCCGAAGGCGCACAAGGAGGCCGUCCUCAGCGCGGGCUACGAGGAUGCGGUGACGACGCUCAUCUACACCGGUCGCCCGCUGCGUGUCCGGAGGACACCGUACGUCGACGACUGGAACAACAACCGCCAGGCGGAGAUCAAGGAGCUCACGGCGAAGGGUGUCCUCCCGUACGAGCACGACCUGAAGGAGCACCCCGAGAAGUCGCUGGAGGCGCGCGCGUGGCUCAUCGGGCGCGUCGCGGCGCUCAUCCACGAGGUCCUGCCCGCGAAGCAGAUCGUGGAGAGCAUGGUGAACGACGCGGCGGCGAUCCUGCAGGCGAACGCGGCGAAGGUGGCGGUCAAGGCUAAGCUAUAGUAUUUUUAUGCCGCGGCGGCACGUGUAAUGUGCUCCUAGUCUGUUCACUUAUAGGAUAUCCCGGAUAUUGACCGUUUCUUCUGCAUGGACCCCACUGCAACAUUCUACAGCUAUCGCGGAAUCAGUAGGCCCCUGGCAUGAUGAUGUACAAAUUGCUCUUUGCGUGAGGUGGUACCGAGCGAGCACUAGCAUGUACGCAGCGCCUAGUACUGGUAGCCUUUAUGUAGGCGCGUGCAUUCGUAUCCUGCCCAUUACCCGCCAUGUACGUCGUUUAGGCAGCUGUUUUCUGCUGUUGAUUGACUCUGUGACUAGCUCAU